AUGCAAGCCCAGACCGCUUCUGAGACCACCAGCCACUCCAGGCUCUACUUGAACCCCCCGGGCCUGAACCCAGCGGCGGACAAGGCCAACCAUACCAACCUCUGGAGAAACCCAGAGGUAGGGAAGAUCUACAGGAACACGGAGCACGUCAACGCACCGCUCGUCCCGCCGCUGCUCGACGCCUGCGGCCUGACCGAGGAGGCGUUGGCCUCGCUCGAGCGGCCCAUCGAGAUCUUGGACAUGUGCUGCGGGGCCGGCGUGGUCUCCGCCCAGAUCCAGACGAUGUUGAAGAGAACGGGGAUGGCAGGCAAGGGGAUGGUUAACUUGAUGUGCUCGGAUUCCAGCGCGGCGCAGCUGGAGUAUGUCAAAUAUCGGAUCCAAGCGGAUGACUGGGUUGAUUCCAAGGUCGUCCAGGCUGAUAUUGCCUGCCUUCCUUUUGAGUCGAACAGUUUUGAUUUCAUCGUUGUUGGCAUGGCUCUCAUGGCCGUUGCCGAGCCUUACACGGGUCUUUCCGAACUACUUCGCGUACUGAAGCCGGGCGGCCGCCUCGCGACCUCGACAUGGGCCGUCGAGGGAUGGGUCGCCGCGACCUGCGAGGCCGUCGCGGACCUCAGCCUGCCCAACCAGAAGCCUGUCCCGUGGCCGCGGGAAUCCACCCAACUCACCCGGCUCUGGGCGCCCGGCCCGUGGGAUAGCGAUUACUUCACGGCCGCCAUGUAUAACGCCUCGGGCUUCGUGGACAUCCGGUCGGACACCCUCCCCGACCCCGUCUCCUUCGAGAGCGCUGAGCAGUUCUGCGCCGUCUACCAGGGGCUCCACUUCGGCACGAUGGAGAAGUACUGGUCCAAGGAGCAGAAGGAGAAGCUGGGCCACCGGCUGGCGGAGACUUUCGCCGGGUAUCUGCGGAAGAAGUAUCAUGGAGGGCCGUUCGGUUUUGAGAGAUCUACUGUUGUUGCCAGUGGCAGUAAGCCGCUGAAAUGA